AUUCAGCAAUGGCCAAGCUCUUAACAAUAUGAUAAGAGAGCCCAAGUCCCACUUCUGGGACUGGUACAGCCCAUACUACCCGGUGCCGUCAGAAAUCGACCCUGCUGUACCUGCAGGCUGCAAGGUCACCUUUGUACAAGUCCUAAGCAGGCAUGCUUCCAGAUAUCCCAAGUCCCCUGAGAUGGAACGCGCCAAGGCACUUCUCGCUCGUGUUCGGACUGAAGUCUCGGGUCGUGUUCGGCCUGAACCCUCCAAUCGCGAGACUCUGGAGAUCCUAAUGUCCAACGAUUUGAUACCCCACGAGUUUGAAAAGCUUACACCAUUCGGCAAGAAAGAAGCCAUAGACUCUGGUAGAUCGUUUUUCAAACGGUACCAGGAUCUUGCCGCUCACAACGACCCAUUCAUGAGAAGCAUCGACGAGGACCGCGUCAUUGAGACAGCCUCUCUUUGGAAGGAAGGAUUCGAUCAAUCAAAGGGUUACGGUAAAACCACCAGGGGCAUGGAGAUCAUACCUACGACAAAGGGCUUCAACAACUCGUUACAUUAUGGCGGUUGUCCAGCCUUUGACAGGACCGUUUCUAAAAUCCACACAAGCACGGCCAUGCAGUGGAUGAACCGAAAUUUUGAGCAGAUUAUAGCGCGUAUGAACCGGCAGCUACCAGGGGUAUAUUUCGCGCCUGCUGACAUCCAACGAUUAAUGAGGCUAUGUCCAACAAACACAGUAAUCAACGGCAUAGAGUCAAAAGUUUGUAAUCUCUUUACAACAGAGGAGUUUCGGGACACUGAAUACGGCAACACAAUCGGCCAAUACUAUUCAUGGGGCCCAGGUAAUCCAUUAGGUAAUCCAGCGACAUUCCCGCUUAACAGAAAGAUCUAUGCUGACUUUUCCCGAAGCAACGUAUUAGUAUCUAUAUAUAGUGCAAUGGGGUUGUUUGAUGGAGCGAGGCCGCUGAGUAAGACGCAAAUGACACCGCUAGCAGAAUCCGGGGGUUUCACGAUGAGUAGGCUGAUUCCGUUUGGAUCUCGCAU